UGGUCUAAUUAAAUUAUAGACUGACAACCCAUCCACGUGCACAAGGUCGGCUUGCGCCUACUGAUAGCAACCGUGGCCAGACAAGUGAUGUAGUUCUUCGUUGCUCCUGAACACUGCCGGGCUCCAUGAUAUUUCAUCUCCUGCACGAAGCAAUUCACCCAGCGCAGGAUCUGAUGUUCUGGCACCCAGAACUGCACUACUGAACGCCUGUGGACUGGAACAUCUGCGUGGCUUGUAGCCGGGCCCCGCAACCCGGUAGGCCAUAUGGCUUACCACCGCAAAUUGGCUCUGGUCAAUGACCGGACUGGCCUGAUCGUUAUGGCAUCACUGUUCUGUGUGAUUCAGUUAGUGGUUGUCGCAUCGAGAAUAUACGCGAGGAGACUCCGAAGGAUGCGCUAUGGUACCGACGAUUGGCUCGCAAUCGUUGCAGUCUUUGUCCUCGGGCUCAACGGCGUAUUCCUGGCAGGCACUGUCCAAGGGGCUAUUACGGGUCAUUCCCAGGUCGUUGAUGACUGGCCUGUCACAAGUCCCUUGGAGCAUUUGGCUCAGAAGUACAAAUAUGCUUUCCAGACUACCGAGAAGAUCGCCUUUGGGCUGAUCAAGCUUUCCAUCCUGUUCCUUUGGAAGCGUAUGAUCAGCCCUAUCCGCUGGUUCCAAGUCUCCUGUUGGAUCAUGAUUGGGGUGGUGACGGCCUGGAUGAUCGCUUUCUUCUUUGCCACUCUCUUUCAAUGUUAUACUCAGUGGGCAUGGAACUGGGCGCCGAUUACGUUCUUCCUCACGCAGUGCACCAACACCUUGAACAUGCUCACGGUCUUCACGGUGACGGACAUCGUUACGGAUGUGAUUAUUAUUACCAUGCCGGUGCCGAUCGUCUGGCAGCUGCAUCUCCCCACAGCCAAGAAGCUUGGCUUGACAGCACGAUCGGAGCGGGGAUCGCGCGGAUGUACAUCUACCUCGUGACGUCGUACGACAAGGAGGACAACCCGGAUUUCAUUGCGGACUUCACGCUGUUUAUCCUGUGGUCGGCGAUCGAAGUCAACGUGGGGAUGCUGGUGUGCAGUAUGCCAGUGUGUGCGCCGGUGGUGAGCAAAUUCCGGGACUGUAUCGUCGUCCGCCUGGGAAGCAAGGGAAGUAGCAACCUAUCUCAUCGACGGGGAAAGGGGUCGAAAGAGUAUCUGACUGAUCGGUCAGACAACCCCUACUUUGCGGACAAGUCAUCCUCGUAUGAG